AUGGUCUGCAAUUACACUUCUAAACCCUAGCCGCUCUCAAAGUCCAUCUCAUCUAUCAACUGAAAGAAUUUGUUUCCUCCUCUUCUUUGUUUUUCUUUUCCUUUCAAAUCUCUCUCUUCAUUGAAACCAGCUAUUCACUAUGUGGGCUAUUCGUCCAGCUUCCAAUCCUCUCAACUUCCGGGGAUUGAGUCAAGUUUGUUGUUCAGAGUUCUCUAUGGUGAAGCGAAAUAUUUUUUCACAAGCUGGUGGAAAAAGCAGUGAAUCAGAAGAUGCCUAUUUUAAUACUCCAGGUGCGUCGAAGAUUGGAUUGCCUCAAUCACGAGUCUUGUAUACUGUGUUACGAUCACCUCAUAUUGAUAAAAAGUCCAGAGAACAAUUUUUCAUGGAAAUUAAGAAGAAAUUUGUAGUCAUGAAAGCAGAAACGCAUGAAUUGCGCAAUAAGUUGUUUUGGUUAAAACGCCAGCGAUUGUUUGGAGCUCAAUGUGAAAUCAUAUUGUCUUGCAAGACAACUUUGGAUAAGGAAAAACUCCAAAAAUUACUUUGUAAGUAAGAUCCUUGCGUUGGUCCUUUUCUGAACUAGAAUGGGGUUGGUGUUCUUGAUUAGUGGGUUGAAUAAGGAAAGGAUUUGGAUCACUAGCCAAGCUCUCAAUCUUUGUAAAAUUUGACCAAAUGCUCUGUUUUUUCCUGAAACAAGUUUUAUAUAGGUGGUAUUAUUUGCUUA